AUGACGCUGCCUAUCCAAAUCCCGUCGGGUGAACUUAUUAACGUCGACUUGGAGUACGAGAAGUUAGAGAAGCAUUGCUUUGCGUGUUUCUCGCUGUUUCACGAAGAAAAGGACUGUGCCCGCAAAUCUCCAAGCGGGAAGCCAGAUCCUCUUGCUGGGAGGUUCAAUAGAUCGCGUACAUUGGAUAGACUGGAUGCUGACAGAAGAAGACAGGAAGAUCGCAGAGAGAGAAGACGCUCUCCUGUCCACAAAGCCAGAAGAGAAAGGGAGUAUGAGACUGCCAGACCCCAAAGCCAUCGCUAUAAUUCUCCACCCCGGAGACAGUUCAAGGCCUCCAGCCAAGAGCCCUCUUCUGACAACCUCUCGAGAAACUCCUUUCAGGCUCCUCUACAUAGAGCUUAUGUGGCCCCCUCUCUCGAGUAUCAACAGCAGAGACCCGAUGAUCGCCCCACCCAAAGGAUGUCGGAGGGAGUGGAGCGUAAGUACCACUCAUCAGACAAAAGGAUAACUACAACACGAGAGUCUUCGGAUCUUGGGAAUUAUAGAAAAUCUCAGUCCUCUCACACGCCCCCUCCACGUCCACUAAGAGAACCUACCUCUGGAGCCUCUGGCCGUGCUUCAGGAGAGGUAAAUAGUCUGAGACAGGAAAGAUUGUCAGCACUAGAGAGACUCUCUGAACCUAGAGUCCAUGAUCGCCUCUUGGAUACUAGAACUCCGAGCGGAGGCUCUACAAGACUCCAGGAAGUGGAAGUACAAUAUGCGGAAAGAAGCAACCAAAAUGUCUUCAUCUCGAGCAAUGAAAAAAGAGCGUCGGGCUCUGACCUCCUCAGACUAGGAGGAACUAAGACCACGUCACACCCACCCGAAGACUUACCUGCUGCUCAGGGAGAUGAUAAUGCAAUUGUGACAGAGGAUCGUGUCCCUGCUGUUCUGCGACUUGGCUCUCCUCGAGUAGCUUCCAGGGCUAGAAAAGUCAAAGGCAAAGGGAUCCUAAAAGUACCUAAGGUCACUGGAGGAAAACGCAAGAGCUCUAGGCCAUCAGGCUCGAAGAGAGUUGCUCCUUCCCCUUCUCACGGACUUGGCUUAAAGAAGCGCUUAGGAACAAGAGUCCAAAACCCCCUUAGGAAGAGAGCCUGUCUGGGAGAGGAUAAGUUAGUAUGGCUGCCUGAAAAAUCAGGGAUGUAUUCCACUAAAUCGGGGUAUGAUUUGGCAAAGGUGUAUCUUCCGGUCCCCUGUACCCUUGGAUCUUUUGGGGUCUGUGGAAAGCCAGGAACCAGUUUGUUUUCGAAAACAAACGUUUCUCAGAAGAGGAAACAGUCAGGAAAGCUCAAGCGGAUGCUACCUCAUGCAUGGUUAGAUAGUUCCGUAUUGGUGGAAUGGGAUGGCUCUUUACUCAUGCAAAUGGUAUUACCUUUGCACAAAACUCGACUCACCAACGUUUUGUAG